CGAGGAAGACGCUCCGAGAACCCGUGCGUUUCGUAAGGCUCUGAGCACUUGUGCAUUUCUGCAGGCGCGCGGCGAGCCAUUCGCGGCGGCUGCUGCAGCUCCGACUGCAUCUUCCUCCUCCUCCUCCCCCCGGGCUCCGGUCUCGGAGUCGGAGAGCGCGGCUCGCUUCCCGAGCCCCCGGACCCGGCGAGCCGGCGAGCGCCGAGCCGGCCACCAUGCCAGGCAGACCGCGCCACUAGGCGCUCCCCGCGGCUCCCACCCGGCGGCGGCGGCGGCGGCGGCGGCGGCGGCGGCGGCGGCGGCGGCCGCGAUGGUUUCAGACGCUGAAGGAUUUUGCAUCUGAUCGCACGGCGUUUCAAAGGCAGAGGCCCCCCCUCCCCCUUUCCCCCUCCCUCGCUGUCUUUGUUUCCUUCCCCCCCAGCUCUCCCCACUCCCCCCACCCCACCCCCCUCUCCUCUCCUCCUCCUCUUUUUUAGAAGCCGCGAUCGGAGAUGGAUGUCUCUCUUUGCCCAGCCAAGUGUAGUUUCUGGCGGAUUUUCUUGCUGGGAAGCGUCUGGCUGGACUAUGUGGGCUCCGUGCUGGCUUGCCCUGCAAAUUGUGUCUGCAGCAAGACUGAGAUCAAUUGCCGGCGGCCGGACGAUGGGAACCUCUUCCCCCUCCUGGAAGGGCAGGAUUCAGGGAACAGCAAUGGGAACGCCAGCAUCAACAUCACGGACAUCUCAAGGAAUAUCACUUCUAUACACAUAGAGAACUGGCGAGGUCUGCACACGCUGAAUGCCGUGGACAUGGAGCUCUACACCGGCCUCCAAAAGCUGACCAUCAAGAACUCAGGACUUCGGAGCAUCCAGCCCAGAGCCUUUGCCAAGAACCCCCACUUGCGCUAUAUAAACCUGUCGAGUAACCGGCUCACCACGCUCUCAUGGCAGCUUUUCCAGAGGCUGAGUCUUCGGGAAUUGAGAUUGGAGCAGAACUUCUUCAACUGCAGCUGUGACAUCCGCUGGAUGCAGCUGUGGCAGGAGCAGGGGGAAGCCAAGCUCAACAGCCAACACCUCUACUGUAUCAGUGCCGACGGCUCCCAACUGCCCCUGUUCCGCAUGAACAUCAGCCAGUGUGACCUUCCAGAGAUCAGUGUGAGCCACGUGAACCUGACCGUUCGAGAGGGUGACAACGCUGUCAUCACGUGCAAUGGCUCUGGAUCACCUCUGCCCGAUGUAGACUGGAUAGUCACUGGACUGCAGUCCAUCAACACCCACCAGACAAAUCUGAACUGGACCAACGUACAUGCCAUCAACCUGACCCUGGUCAAUGUGACAAGCGAGGACAACGGCUUCACCCUGACAUGCAUUGCGGAGAACGUGGUGGGCAUGAGCAAUGCCAGUGUGGCCCUCACCGUGCACUACCCUCCGCGCGUGGUGAGCCUGGAGGAGCCGGAGCUGCGCCUGGAGCACUGCAUCGAGUUCGUGGUGCGUGGCAACCCUCCGCCCACACUGCACUGGCUGCACAACGGACAGCCGCUGCAGGAGUCCAAGAUCACCCACGUGGAGUACUACCAGGAGGGCGAGCUGUCCGAGGGCUGCCUGCUCUUCAACAAGCCCACCCACUACAACAACGGCAACUACACGCUCAUUGCCAAAAACCCGCUGGGCACAGCCAACCAGACCAUCAACGGCCACUUCCUCAAGGAGCCCUUCCCGGAGAGCACGGAUAACUUUGUCUCUAUUUACGACGUGAGUCCCACACCCAUCACUGUGACCCACAAACCGGAGGAAGACACUUUUGGGGUGUCCAUAGCGGUGGGACUUGCUGCUUUUGCCUGCGUCCUGUUGGUGGUUCUCUUUAUCAUGAUCAACAAGUAUGGUCGACGGUCCAAAUUUGGAAUGAAGGGGCCUGUGGCUGUCAUCAGUGGUGAGGAGGACUCAGCCAGCCCACUGCACCACAUCAACCAUGGCAUCACCACGCCCUCAUCGUUGGAUGCCGGGCCAGACACGGUGGUCAUCGGCAUGACCCGCAUCCCGGUCAUUGAGAACCCCCAGUACUUCCGUCAGGGACACAGCUGCCACAAGCCAGACACGUAUGUGCAGCACAUUAAGAGGAGGGACAUCGUGCUGAAGCGGGAACUGGGCGAGGGAGCCUUUGGGAAGGUCUUCCUGGCCGAGUGCUACAACCUCAGCCCCACCAAGGACAAGAUGCUCGUGGCCGUGAAGGCCCUGAAGGAUCCCACCCUGGCUGCCCGGAAGGAUUUCCAGAGGGAGGCUGAGCUGCUCACUAACCUGCAGCAUGAGCACAUUGUCAAGUUCUAUGGGGUGUGUGGUGAUGGGGACCCGCUCAUCAUGGUCUUUGAGUACAUGAAGCAUGGAGACCUGAACAAGUUCCUCAGGGCCCAUGGGCCAGAUGCUAUGAUCCUUGUAGAUGGGCAGCCACGCCAGGCGAAAGGCGAGUUGGGGCUCUCCCAAAUGCUCCACAUCGCCAGUCAGAUCGCCUCAGGCAUGGUGUACCUGGCCUCCCAGCACUUCGUACACCGAGACCUGGCCACCAGGAACUGCCUGGUUGGAGCCAAUCUGCUGGUGAAGAUUGGGGACUUCGGCAUGUCCAGAGAUGUCUACAGCACCGAUUACUACAGGGUGGGAGGACACACCAUGCUCCCCAUCCGUUGGAUGCCCCCUGAAAGCAUCAUGUACCGGAAGUUCACUACGGAGAGUGACGUGUGGAGCUUUGGGGUGAUCCUUUGGGAGAUCUUCACCUAUGGAAAGCAACCGUGGUUCCAGCUCUCAAACACAGAGGUCAUCGAGUGCAUCACCCAAGGUCGUGUGCUGGAGCGGCCCCGGGUCUGCCCCAAAGAGGUGUACGAUGUCAUGCUAGGGUGCUGGCAGAGGGAGCCCCAGCAGCGGCUCAACAUCAAGGAGAUCUACAAAGUCCUCCAUGCUUUGGGGAAAGCCGCCCCCAUCUACCUGGACAUCCUCGGCUAGCGGCGGCUGGCAGUCACGGACGCAUACUCUGUGGCUUCCCUCUCCUGGCCUCACAUCGCCCCUCGUCCACCUCACACUCCUUUCUUCCAUCCUGACUGAAGCGAACAUCUUCAUAUAAACUCAAGUGCCUGCUACACAUACAACACUGAAAAAAAAAAGUGAAAGAAAAAACCCUGUAAGGCAGUUUGGCGAAUAUAUAUAUAUAUACAUAUAUAUAUUUAUAUAUCUAUCUAUCUAUAUCCACAGAGAGAUACCUUCUCUAAUACAGAGAGAAACUGCUGAUACAGAAACCAUAAGACUGUAACAACAACUCAGAAAAUCUUAAAUCUUAUGAACACAAAUGGAAGUUCCCUUUGACUGAAGCUGGGGCCCGUGGAUCUCCGGCUCCAGCUUUUCGGGGCCGAAGACCUUGAUGACGCAGAGACGGUCUUCACGCUGGGACCGGAGGAGAUGGGGUGGAGUGCGAAUCAGCGCCGUGCAGGUGAUGACCUGCACAGGUGUGCUACCCCUCCCCCGCCCCCAAGGUCUGCACAGGUGCGUGGGCUGACCUCGUCCACUGCACUCAGGAGGCAGCAGGAAGUAACACCGGCCCCGGGGGCCUCUGGAAUGCCUCACGUCUCCACUGACUAUUGCUCCACGCCUUCCCCCUUUCCUCCGCUUCAAGACAAUUCUCCAAUUUGUCCGUUCUAGAAAGUAGAGUCCUGAUGCUUUUGGAAGUCAAUGAGGGCGUCUACCACUAAACACUGGACAAACGACGUGACCCAAAACCAUGGUGACAGUGGACCACAUCCGUCUUGGGUGUAAACCAUGCUCAAGUUCCUUCCUCAGUUGGAAAAAGAUGUGUCAUCUAUUCUCUGAACAUCAAGAACUGGACGUUCUGGACUUAACCACAGAAGAAAAAGCUGAAAUUUGACCCCUCCAUGUCAAGGCACUGCCUCCCACCUUUUCCUCACUGGAAAGACUCCUUGGCCUCACCUCCCACAUUCAGGCCUUUGGGGGAAUUUGGGGGCAUAGCGAACACCUCCCAUGUUGCCUGUGAAUGUGGACACAGCAGGGUUCCAAUAGCAGGAGACUUCGUUCCUCAUAGGUCAUUAUAGGAUGUGCCCCUCUGUGUCAUCUGUUUCUCAUCCUGCCUGCCCUAGAUCCUCAGCCCCGAUCUUCUGGGCCUUUCGCACGUCCCAGGGAAACCUCACUGCCAAGGAAGGAAGCCAGGACUAGAGACGGUGUGGGGCAGUGCUUGUUUUGGAGAGCGAGGCCGUGGACUGGGCAGGAGCCGGCAGCGGAGAAUCUAUUUGGCACUUGCACUGGCCCCUUGGCAUUCUCCUCACGUUUCCAGCCCCUGGAAGGAUGGAUGCAUCUGCGUCUGAGCUUGCUGUGAACACUCAGGGGCUGAAAAAUCGCUUUUGUGGGCUGGGGGUGGGGGAGGGGCCGAGGCUUCUCUGGGAGGCGUCCACGGUGGGGCCACAGCCGCAGGCUUGGCAUCUUAAUGAGGACGGAGCCCUAACUGGAGAGGGAGAAUGAGGCUUCUGGGCUGGGGUCCUGGCCGCUGCUGUCGAGGCCUGUAACGGGCAGAUCCCUGGGCCUCCCGGACACAGGACCAUGAAAUGCCCCUGGAAGGCAACGGCCUGGCCCCAUGCAGCCCUCCUGCUGGAGAGAGGACAGGUCCCUCUCAGCUCACCCCAAGCACAGAGCUCCAUAAUGGACCGGCCUUUGCCCCCCGGGAGCCUCAGGGUGGGCAGGGGUUGGGGGGCUCUGGCCUGGGCCCUGCCCUACAGCGUGAGGGGCUGUGGGCGGUUUGAGCGGCCUGGUCAGCUGCAGCAUGGGCAUCCCUGUGGGGUUCAGGACUAAAUCCUGUGUUUGUGGUUUUGCUUCCCUUUUUUUUUUUUAAGACCAACAAAUGUUUUUAUUCAAAUAGAAAAGAGCUGUGUUGGGACUGCCAGCCUCGGUUGGGAGUCGGGGAUCAGUGAGGCCACUCAGCGGGGCCGGGAGGGGAGCCGGAGUUUGGUGUGGGUUUGGCCCUGUGCCGGCCUCCCAACCCUGAGGAUUGUUGAGGAGAGCUCGGUGGAUUGACCACAUUAGAGGAACCCUUUGCUGUCCUACGGCCGUUUUCCCACCUGUCUUUCUGCCUCGAGGCCCUGGAUCUCUUCUGGGCCCGUUCUUGCAGGAUGAGCUAUGGACUCAGUCUAGUGUUGAGCAGGGUAGCGGAGGGAAGGCUGUCCAUGGAGGGAGGGCCUUGAGGGGGAAGGGCCUUCUGGUUAGAUGUGAGGCUCUAAGCAAAACAGACGCCGGAGAGUCUCCCCAACACAGACCCUGUGGAGCUUCCAUCUCACAGGCUGUGUUUCUAUGUCACGGUCACUGAUAGGCUGGGA